AUGCAUGUCAGUCGAGUCUCCCACUGGUCAGGAGAUACAGAGCCGGAUCACAUCGGACAGGGAUCCAACAUUCCUCAGAGGCAGCUUUGGCGACAGGUUGUUCUUGACGACUAUUUCCGCCAUCCCGACCCUGAGGACUCCAGCCCACUCACCGUCGCCAAGGCAAACGGACUAUCGCCUGCCUCCGCCCAAUGUGACUGGAGGAUCGAGCUCAGUCACUCUCGGGAGAUUCGACCCGCCCAUCUUGGACCUGCUUCCAUCAACGCCAUUGUUGCGCCUUCUCACUCCAGCCCCAAGCUCCUGACCGAAGCACAGGCAGGUGCGCAGACUACAAUGGGUAAGCCCAUGUGGCGCAAUACCGGACCUCCCGUGUCGUACACCGAUCCCAGCACGCACUUUACCAUCACAGCAUACCUCCAGGCCCGGUCGAUCAUCGCCUCUACCAAUGAAGAGGACCAAACAGUAUACCAGGUCGUCCUCUACAACCUCCACGACAACGACACUCCUCUUGCCAUCAUUCCUGGCACUCUUUGGUCGGACAAAAACCGCACCAACCUCCAGAGACCUACCAACAGCCGUCCUAUGAUCGGACAGUUGAUGGAUAUCAGGAGGUAUUCUCAUCAGAAAGACAUUCUUGGUCGGACUCGAGUCCUGUUUGUGAUGGCCUUUGGUGAGCGGGUGCCAGCGAAUGUGACGCUGCCCGAGAGAGCUCCAGGCGAUAUCGAAAUGGAGCUGCUGGAUGUGUGGACGCAGGGCAAGAUCAUUGAAGUAUACAUAUACGACUCUCCCCUGCUUGCAGUGCCUGCGGGCGCUUCUCCUGAGCAGCGACCAGCAGCACCCUAUUGGGGAAGAGUGCAGCACAUCGAUCCUAGCCCACAGCAUCCUACGUUGAUACGAGGACGGGCCAUCAAACUGUACUCGAUCCGUGAAAGUGAAGGUGGUCCUGAACAGGAUCGGGUCGCUCUCUUUGGCAUCCACCACGACGGUCGCUCCAACAUUGUCAUGCUCACGGGUCCAGUCUUCCCGGCGUCGGCACCUUCAUCUUCGCCAUAUACGAACUCUGCGGGACGUCCUUCAAGUGCUUCUCCUUCGGAUGCAGUUGUUCCCAUGACCAUUCGCUAUGUCACCGGGAAUUUGCAUACAGCCUGGUCGCCUUGCUUCUUUGGAUCCCAGGAUGUCUCCGAGACUACGUCGAUGACACUGUUUCCAACUCAUAGCGACUUUGAGCACCUGCUUGUAAUAGUUGAUCGUCGUGGGCAUGGUGAGAUCUGGGACUGGGUCAACAACAAAAGAGUCGUAUCUUUGACCGUCGCCCAGGAUUCGAGGAUGACGAGCAAUCCUGAUCUCCGUCGCAACCUUUAUUUCUGGGGUGUGCAGGUCAACUGGACAGUCGAGGAGCCUACCAGAACCAUGUCGAGUAAGCCGCUGGGAAAGAUAAUGCACGAGAAUGUUGCUGUUGACGGUCGAUCCCUCUUCAGGGCGCGCGGUGAUUUUAGGAUCGUCGCCUUGGCGGAUGGUCAAGAUAGUGAGUGGGAGACCAUUCGUUGGGACAUCAAAGAGGCUGAUCUCCGCGAGCAACAAGCCGUAGCCCGCAGCAUCAAAGAGGCCGGUCUCCGCGAGCAACAAGCCGUAGCCCGCAGCAUCAAAGAGGCCGGUCUCCGCGAGCAACCAACCAGAGUUAGCAACACCAACUACGACAAUGACGGUUGUUUGAAGGUCGAGUCGAGGAGCCGCCACUACGAGGCCUGCACCAUGGGCCGGACCUAUGUUUCCCCCACCGCCACCACCACCAUCAUCACCAACAACAACAACAAAUCGGUCGCAGAUACCGAUAGUACUCCCGUACAGCAGUCAGAAGCCCAUCCUCUGUUGUUCAUAGCAUUCCUUAUUUGGGACCAUUACCGGAUCGCCUUAACCUCCCAGUUUGGCCUGUGUCUCUUCGAUAUGAACAAGGAGAUGCCAGAAGACAUUCUUUCGACGGAUCCCGGUUUUCAUUCUCGACUCCCUCACUGGGUUACCGAUCUAGAUAACGCUUCCCAGAACCCCCUCUUAGACAUAGCCACUUCUGGCGAUUAUUUGAUCCUUACGAGAAGGUUGUCGACAAUGAGCGAGUUGGCGAAGUUGUAA